AAUGACGUAUUUGUUGAAUUGUGGGAAACUACGUGGCAUUUCCAACUUCCAGGUUGUCUGGAAAGGGUUGUUUUUGACCUUAACAAAAUUAACACGUAACCAGAUUUUUGUUGGAGGUAUCCAAUGGCUACCUAUCAGGAAUUUAUCCAACAAAAUGAGGACAGGGAUGGUGUAAGAUUCAGCUGGAAUGUAUGGCCGUCUAGUCGUAUAGAGGCCACCCGCAUGGUGGUCCCUCUAGGGUGUUUGUUUACUCCACUGAAAGAGAGACCAGAUCUCCCUCCGAUCCAGUAUGACCCCGUUCUCUGUACCAGACCAACAUGUCGAGCCAUUCUUAAUCCUUUCUGUCAGGUUGAUUACAGAGCUAAAGUCUGGGCCUGCAACUUCUGCUUCCAAAGAAACCCAUUUCCUCCACAGUAUGCAGCAAUUUCAGAUCAACAUCAGCCCGCUGAGAUUAUUCCCCAGUUCUCUACCUUAGAAUACACAAUCACAAGAGCUACCUGCCACCCUCCAGUUUUCCUGAUUGUCUUAGACACAUGUAUGGAUGAAGAAGAUUUACAGGCUGUUAAGGAAUCUCUACAAAUGUCGUUGAGCUUGCUACCACCAAAUGCCCUGAUUGGUUUAAUAACUUAUGGGAAAAUGGUCCAAGUUCAUGAGCUCGGCUGUGAAGGCUGCUCCAAGAGUUAUGUUUUCAGGGGAACCAAAGAUUUAACAGCCAAACAAAUUCAGGAAAUGUUGGGUUUACAAAAAGGUGGUGCAACACAGCAACAAAGAGGUCCACAGCAGCAGCAGCAACAACAGCAACAGUUACCCUCCAACAGAUUCUUGCAGCCUGUUCACAAGUGUGAUAUGAAUCUGACAGAUUUACUAGGGGAGUUACAGAGAGAUCCCUGGCCUGUAUCCCAGGGAAAGAGGCCCCUCAGGUCCACAGGGGUAGCUCUGUCUAUUGCUGUGGGACUCCUAGAGUGCACAUUUCCCAACACUGGGGCACGGGUGAUGCUGUUUGCUGGUGGACCCUGCACACAGGGACCUGGAAUGGUGGUCGAUGAUGAACUGAAAAACCCAAUCAGAAAACAUCUGGACAUCGAGAAGGACAACGUCAAGUACAUGAAGAAGGCUAUGAAGCACUAUGAGAUGUUGGCCAAUCGGGCUGCUAAGAAUGGUCAUGUGGUGGAUAUAUACGCCUGUGCUCUGGACCAGACAGGGUUACACGAAAUGAAAUUCUGUCCACGAUACACAGGAGGACACAUGGUGAUGGGGGACUCUUUUAACACCUCCCUUUUUAAGCAGACAUUCCAGAGGGUGUUCUCCAAGGACGCCAAAGGGGAGUUCAAGAUGGCAUUUGGUGCAACAGUAGAGAUCAAGACUUCGAGAGAACUGAAGGUGUCAGGAGCUAUAGGACCAUGUGUGUCUCUGGGAGUGAAGGGACCUUGUGUGUCGGACACGGAGAUGGGUCUUGGGGGCACCUGUCAAUGGAAAAUGUGUGGACUGUAUCCAAACAGUACCCUUGCUCUCUUCUUUGAAGUUGUCAGUCAGCACAAUGCCCCAAUACCACAAGGUGGUCGAGGAUACCUACAGUUUAUCACACAGUAUCAACAUUCUAGUGGUCAACGCAGGGUCAGGGUGACCACAUUGGCCAGAAAUUGGGCAGAUGCAAGUACAAACAUCCAGCACAUUGCGGCGGGCUUUGAUCAGGAGGCAGCAGCUGUGCUGAUGGCCAGGAUGGCGGUGUUCAGGGCGGAGACAGAUGACGGUCCGGAUGUACUACGGUGGUUAGACAGAAUGUUGAUCAGGCUUUGUCAGAAGUUUGGAGACUACCAUAAAGAUGAUCCUAACUCGUUCCGAUUCUCUGAUAAUUUCUCCCUGUACCCACAAUUUAUGUUCCAUUUAAGACGGUCACAGUUUUUACAAGUUUUCAACAACAGUCCUGAUGAAACUUCAUACUACAGACACAUGUUGAAUGUGGAGGACUUGACCCAGUCCCUGAUUAUGAUCCAGCCUAUCCUCUACGCCUACUCCUUUAACGGGACCCCCGAGCCGGUCCUCCUCGACACCAGCAGUAUACAACCAGACAGGAUCCUCCUCAUGGACACGUUCUUCCAGAUUGUAUUGUACCAUGGAGAGACAAUUGCUCUGUGGAGGAAACAGGGUUACCAAGACCAGCCAGAAUAUGAGAAUUUCAAACAACUCCUAAACGCUCCGGUGGAUGACGCACAGGAAAUCCUACAGACGAGGUUCCCAAUGCCACGAUACAUCGACACUGAGCAUGACGGAUCACAGUCUCGUUUCUUGCUUUCACGUGUCAAUCCAUCACAGACCCACAACAACGCCUAUGGAUGGGGUCAGCAAUCCUCUGGAAUGAUUAUAACAUCCUCUGAUACCUAUCAGGAUGGAGGAGCAGCGGUUCUGACAGAUGACGUCAGUUUACAGGUUUUCAUGGAGCAUCUGAAGAAAUUGGCUGUGUCCAGCUCUUCGUGAUAGUGACCACUGACUGUUGUUAGUGACCCACUAACACAUACGGACAAAGUGACUACUUGUCACUCCAGCAUUAUAAAGUGCCAAGUACAAUCAGACUUCAUACUGAACAUGAAUUGUGCAAUUCAUUGAAGCUGUGUAGGAUUUUUAUGAACCUGAUAGAUUUUAGAACACUUUCAUCUCAUCCCAUUUAUGUGUGAUUGGUGCCUGGUUUUACAGAGAUGAAUACAUGUUUCUGUCUGUGGUUGUAUGGAGAUUUUAUACAUGAGUUGGCACUGCAAGGUGCCCUACAUUGUUUGUGAUAUCAAUGUUGUUAUUAUGGACAUUAUUUAUUACAUGAAUUGUUGUACAUGCUUAAUAAAUGACAAUUACUUAGGAAUUGAA